CAGCAGUCUAUGCGUGCCUACAUGCCGUAGAAGACUAUAAAGCCGCGCGUACGUCUUUGUUUAAAGCCUCGCUACCCUAGCCCUGCUAUCGUCGCUGCUUCCGUCGCCAUAUUUGUCUAUUCGUAUUCUUAUAUAUAUAUUUUUCUCUCUUUUUCUAUAUCUCGCUUUUUAUAUAUAUCUUAAUUUAAGUGUAGUGUCGUGAUUGUUUUUUCUCUUCAGUAUUUAUAUAAGUGUAUAGCUUAAUUUAUUUGUAUAGGGCCGUUAGUGUAUAGCGUAGUUAACUUGCUUUAUCUUUACUUUUGUAUUUGUGCUACUUUUGAGAUUACUUUCUUUCAUUCUUUUGUACAUAUCGUAUUUAUUUAUUUCUGUAGUGAUUUAAUCUGCGUAUAUAGUGUACUUAUUUGUGUAGUGGUGUAGUUGUGCAUUGACAUGACAGCCCCGACGUACGCGUAUGUCGAGUAUGAGGACGGAGGUAAGGCGAUCGUCUCCGUAAGCCUGAUCAAAGAUUACCAACCAAAUGAUGUGAACGACCUCGCCUGCAAUAAGCAAGUUUAUUGGCGACAGAGUGGAAAGGGCUACGAAGGCGAGGAAGGCUUCUACUCCGGAAACGUCAUGGUGUUGGGAUGGGAUAAAGCUGACCUAAUUGCUAGGAUGACCAAGCAGCAUAGGCCUGUGCCAAUGGAUGUGUUUGAGGAAACUGGCCAGGCAUAUCGCCACAGGCAGAAGCCAACCCUUCAGGAUGCAACAACAAAAGAAAAAAGGCGCCGCACUGAAGCUGCAAAAAAACUGAGUAUGGGCCGCAUAUUUCGGAAAAAAAUGGGACAAGGUUCCGACUCGGGCAGUGACGACGAGGAGUUAGUGCCGCGAAAACACCUGAAGAAAGCAGAAAGCAAGAUUUUGGCACUGCAAAACAAGCUGCGAAUUUCGGAGCAGCAACGACUUGAAGAGCGGCAGCGUAACGUCAAACUCCAAGAUUUGCUUGAAGAGAGGCUGAGUAAGCAAUGUUUUAUUUGUAAAUGACUGUGUCCCCUUCUUUAGGAAUUUAUUUUUUCAGUGUUCUU